AGCGCGUUGCCGCCCUCGCCUUUUCGACGGGCCGGAGGUGUUGACGGGGCCGUUUCGUUUAGGCGGGGCGGAGCCCUGGUUGGGUUCCGCUGUAAGCUGCUUGAGGGUGGCGCCGCCGGGCUGCCCUCUUCCUUCCUCCUCCUCAGGCGGGACUCCCCCCGGCCGGGCUCGGCUCGACGUUGUGAUUGGGUGGAAGAAGAUGGCGCUGCGCGGAUGGAAAUCCUAAUGACAGUCUCCAAAAUAGCCUCCAUCUGUACCAUGGGCGCUAAUGCCUCAGCCUUAGAGAAAGAAAUUGGUCCAGAACAAUUCCCAGUCAAUGAACAUUAUUUUGGUUUAGUAAAUUUUGGAAAUACAUGCUACUGUAAUUCAGUUCUUCAGGCACUUUAUUUCUGUCGACCAUUUCGAGAGAAAGUCUUGGCAUACAAGAGUCAGCCCAGAAAAAAAGAGAGUCUUCUCACCUGCUUAGCUGACCUCUUCCACAGUAUAGCCACCCAGAAGAAGAAAGUAGGAGUGAUACCUCCUAAAAAGUUCAUAACAAGACUACGAAAAGAGAAUGAGCUGUUCGACAAUUAUAUGCAGCAAGAUGCACAUGAAUUUUUGAACUAUUUACUGAAUACAGUGGCAGAUAUUUUGCAAGAAGAGAAAAAACAGGAGAAACAGAAUGGUCGUCUACCUAAUGGCAGCAUUGAUAGCGAAAACAAUAAUUCCCCAGAUCCAACAUGGGUUCAUGAAAUCUUCCAGGGAACAUUAACCAAUGAAACAAGGUGUCUCACCUGUGAAACUAUAAGCAGCAAAGAUGAAGAUUUUUUAGAUCUUUCUGUUGAUGUGGAACAAAACACUUCAAUCACACAUUGUUUAAGGGGUUUUAGCAACACAGAAACCUUGUGCAGUGAAUAUAAAUAUUACUGUGAAGAAUGUCGCAGUAAACAGGAAGCACACAAAAGAAUGAAAGUAAAAAAGCUGCCUAUGAUUCUUGCUCUUCAUCUGAAAAGAUUUAAAUACAUGGACCAGCUACAUCGAUAUACAAAACUCUCCUAUAGGGUAGUAUUUCCUUUAGAACUUCGGCUAUUUAAUACGUCUGGUGAUGCCACAAAUCCUGACAGAAUGUAUGAUCUUGUGGCAGUGGUAGUUCACUGUGGAAGUGGACCUAACAGAGGACACUAUAUUGCUAUUGUAAAAAGUCAUGAUUUUUGGCUGCUCUUUGAUGAUGACAUUGUAGAGAAAAUAGAUGCCCAAGCUAUUGAAGAUUUCUACGGGUUGACAUCAGAUAUUUCAAAAAACUCAGAAUCUGGUUAUAUUCUCUUCUAUCAGUCCCGGGACUGAAUGUGUCUAGGCAAAAAGUUACUUCCUGCCUCAUUUUUCUGGAUAACAUGAAAAUGACUUCAUUAGAAGACAGUAAAAGUAGAGACAAAAGAACGAUAAUGCGGUUUGUACUGCGACAAACCCAGGUAUUCAGAGAGGCUUUUGAAAAUCUUCAUAUUGUGCUCCAUGAAUUUGCUCAGGGGUCAUAAGGACAAGACUGAUGCAUCACAAAUGCACUGGAGAAACAGAUCAGCUACUCUUGUAAGAAUUUCCCAUCAAGAAAGUUGCAUCUAGCAGACUUGAUCAAAAGUCCAAUUUUGUGGAUAUAUUUUCAUAAUCUUUGGCAUAUUUGAUUUCUUGUCAGUGUUGUAUCGAAUGCAAGUGGAACAAAGCAAUAUAAAUUUGGCACAUUAAUUUAUUUGGUAUUACUAAAAGUGCACAUGAUUCUUAAUCUUGAUUUUACCUAUAUUCAGUUUCGAGAUUUUUUUGCACACAUAGAGAAUUAGCCUAACAGUUGCUUUCUUGGCCAGAAUAAAUUUAUAGCAUAUGGUUUUGUGACUGGAACCAAGAAGUCAAAUGUGUUUUGCUUCUUGUAAGAAGCUUACAUUACAGUAAUAAGUACCUUUAUGGGAACAGUUUUGAGUUUUAAACUUUCUAUGGGGAAGAACUUGAUUUAUAAUUAUAAUUUUAUUUUUAUUUAUGUGUUACUGCAACUUCUAGAGUUUCUGUGUUUUAUAUUUCCACAAUUUUUGGAACCUAGAUUUGUAUAUUAGAUUUUAUUGGAUUUAAAUACUCUUUUACAUUGUUCAUCUACAAGAUUUCUCAGAAAAUAUACUUUCAAAACCUAAACUAACCAGGGGAAAGUAUGGAAUUUGCUUCUUUAAUAAGGAGCCAAUGUCUCUUGCUGUAUGUUUCAUGUGUGUUAUUUAAAAAAUUUGAAGUGUCUCUGAUGGUGUAAAACAGAUUUUCUGUUUUAUCAUUGCUAAGAUGGUAUAGGUAGUCUACUGUACCAGUUUUUCUUUUCUAAGUCUUCUAAACACUCUGACUGCAAUAAUAGGCCAAAAUUGCCCAUGCUUAAUAGAACCAGGAUGGCAAAUAUGUAAUUUUGGUCUUUAUUGUAGCAUUAAUUAAAAUGUAAAAUAGCUUCAGGAUAUCUCAGUUUCUGUGAAUGCAAUGGACAUGGAUAGUUGAAAACUCCCAAAAGUCUUGUGAAAGUUUUACCCACUAAAAUUUUAAAAUUAAGAAAAAGAAUAUUUUAAAUUUGGUUAUUUUGAUCCUGAAAGCAAGGGAUCUCUACAUCAUUGAUAUGUUGUCUGAGUGACAGUGGCUGAAUGUAAUUUGAUGAAAUAAAGCUAAAUGCAUAUUUCCAGUUAGAUCAAUUGUGCCUUCAUAUUUUGGCACUCCUUCCUUUUCAUCAUAGUUUUGUUUUGCUGGCAGUGUUAGUAUGAAACUCUUUUUGUCUGCUGCUAUAAUUAAUGCAUUCAGUUUACCUAUACAGUUUAGCUCAGGAAUUUAACAUCAUCAAACUGAACAGAUUUUUAAUGUAGGUUGUGUUAUUUAACUAAUGUGAAAAAAAAUCAUGUUAAAUUGUAAAGAUUUUUUUAUUAAAACAUGUAAAGCUUUGUUUCAUUUAUUCUAUCAUCUUGCUGGGGGAUUCCACUGAGAAUGAAUAUUCAUUUUUAAAAGUGAUUUAUAUAAAAGUACAUAUUGUUGGACUAUUUAUGGAUGUUAUAACUGCAUAAAACUUGAAUUCGGGA